AUGCUCUAUGUCAUACUAACAUUAUCUUUUGAAGUAGUCGGCAAUCUUUGCUGGAAAAGUGACACGAAACAUUUUGCUACGGAUUUACAUUUAAAGAUGAAGGAGGAUCCGGUCAUCAAAAUGCAGACUGAAAGUGAUGUUGAGAAAGCAACAAAUGUGUGGUUAAUGCAAGGUGGUCCAGGUGCUUCAUCCUCAGCAAUGGAGUCAGCAAUGGUUGAAAUCCACACGAGACUAUCGGGAAGUGUAAAUGUGUACACUAUGGAUCAUCGUGGAACUGGUCGCAGUACUCUAUUGGACUGUGUUGCCGCACAAGUUACUACUACAGGUUCACCUUUUGGCUCAUCAAUCGAAGUUUCUGAAGUUCCUGCAUGUGCUCAAGCACUUGAGAAAAAGUAUGGAAAUCUCUCAUCUUUUUCUAUGACAACAGCUGCAACAGAUAUGGCCACAUUUAUAGCCAAUCACACAAAUGGUGUUGAUACUAUCGUUUAUGGCGUGAGUUAUGGUACAGCACUGGUAGAGCGCUUGAUUCAUCUUAAUCCACCUAAAGUUAUAGGGUACGUUCUAGAUGGAGUGGCUACGAGUUCAGGAUCAUCACAAGAGUACGAGUACUUUUCUACAUGGGAUGUUGAUUUUGGCAGUGUUGGCGAUGGGUUUCUUAAACUUUGUGAUACAUUAAGUGAGUGCAGCACAAAAUUUGAGCCAAAUCUUGCGAGUACGCUUCAAAGUGUAAUUUCGCAAUUCGAUCAAGAACCAGAGGCGACGUGUGCUGCACUUGUUCGAGAUAUUUAUCGAGACAGUGACGAACCAGCAUCAUAUACAGUACGACGAACUCUUGGCGUGUUGUUAGAAGAAGCAGACCUGCGAACGUUCAUUCCACCAAUCGUGUAUCGAUUAGAUCGCUGUGCAUCAAAUGAUAUUGACAUUUUGAAACACUUUUUCACGACUUUACGCUAUUAUCUCACCUGGUCAAGUGAAGAUGAUGCAUUUGAAUCGACUUUGCUUUAUUACCUCAUUGUCUUUUCGGAAAUGUGGGAAAGACCUCAACCAGCUAUGUCUAAGAUGACUGCAAGAUUUACAAAUACCCUUGUCUCAGAUGGAGGAACAUAUUCAGAUGUUCCACAAUAUUGUGCUUUUUCCAAAGAGAAAUCACCAGUCUGCAAUCAACUUAAUGUUGGAACGUACAAUGCUAAUGGAAUAAUUUACGAACGUGACAAGUACUGGAAUAAAAGUGCCAAAAUUCCAGCAAAAGCAAGCGUCUUGCUGUUAAGUAGCAAAUUGGAUCCACAGACACCUCAUAAAUAUGCUGAAUAUUUGCUUCAAGCUAUGUCGGGCAGAAAGGAACUCGUCACUUUCAACCACGCUACCCAUGGGACAUUGUGGACGACACCGAUGGACGACAGCGGUGAGAGUGAAACGUGUGGGAUGAAGUUAUUGCUUUCCUACGUGAGCAAUAACGGAAAAUUAGACAAACUGGACAAGUCGUGUGUGGAUCAAAUGCCUGCUUUUAGUCUCACGCCUCUGCUUAUGUACCAGUACUUUUUUUUGAGUACUGAAGAUACUUAUGACGGAGAAUAUGAUGCGAGCUUGGCGGAACUUGUCACGUUUAAUUUUACGGCGUCUGGUACAGCAAAAUCCAAGGCAAAUAAACCAUUUAAAACGGCAUUUAUCGUUUUUUUAGUGCUCUUCAUCGUCACUUUGGCAAUCGCUUCUUUCUUCACCUAUCGAUGGUAUCAGCUUAGGAAAGAAAAUGUACAGAACCGAGUAACUGAUGACUUGCCUGAUGACUUUGAUGUCUCAACUUUACCCGAUACGGAAGCGUCAACAGAACAAAGAGACCCAAGUGACGUUGAAAAGACAUGUUGA